AUGGAAAGCAUCACCAGGAGGGGAGGAGGGGGGGAGAAGGGGGGACGCGAGAGAACGCGAUGCAACCAUGGGCCGACCAUGGGAAUCCCUACUAGCGAACCAUGGUACCAUGGGGGUGGCCGCGAUGGUGGUAGGUGGCAGCCAGGGGGCCAUUUCCAGAGGCCGGACGGUAUAGAGUCCGGAGUAUAUCGACUGUGUCGCCUCAUCUACAAGUCAAUCAGGCUCGCGUGUCGGCGGCUCGUGAGGCCUGCUGGUACACGUAAGGGCUCUUUGGUGAUGUACGACAGCGCUAGCUGUUCGUACGCAGGUGCGCUCGAAUUAAAGGGAGCCUCCGGGGCCGGAGCCGCGGCCGCGGCCGCCGCUGGUGUAACCGCGGCCGGCGUUAAACAGGAGAACUGGCCGUACCGCGGCCUCACCUGCGGCAGCACCUUUCAACGACUCAAGGAAAGCGUCGACAAGGCGAAACAGGCCCUCGCCGAUCGCAGUGGUUACCUGGCGGGUGCGUUUUCGCCACCUCCGCGCGCCAACCCGUCCGCCAUUUCGCCCACCGCCUCCAUCACCGAUGCUAGCAGCUCUUAUAAGGGUGGUUGGAGCCACGCCACGUCGCCGGCACCUGGUCAGGGCUAUGGAAGCAGCUUAUCAAAGACAGCACUGGACACGCACAGCCAUCUCAGGCAGCCUGAUCCCUACCAAAUGUUCGGGGCGACGAGCAGUCGUCUCGCAAGCUCUGGUUCCGGACAGAUACAGCUCUGGCAGUUUCUACUCGAGCUUUUGUCGGAUUCAAGUAACGCCGCGUGUAUCACGUGGGAAGGAACCAAUGGUGAAUUCAAGUUGACCGAUCCCGACGAGGUGGCGAGACGAUGGGGCGAAAGGAAGUCCAAGCCUAAUAUGAAUUACGACAAAUUGUCGAGGGCCCUGAGGUAUUAUUACGACAAGAACAUCAUGACGAAGGUGCACGGCAAGAGGUACGCGUACAAGUUCGAUUUCCAGGGGCUGGCAGCCGCGACGCAGCCGGCGGCGGCCGAUCCGGCGGCGUACAAAUACCAAAGCGAGCUCUUCAUGUCCGGUUACGGUCACGCGAAGCUGAACCUGAUGCCGCCGCCGGCGGCGUCGGUCUCGGUUUCCGUUCCCGGCGGCCUCUUCCAAUCGGCAUCGAGCUACUGGUCGACGAGCCCGGGUGCAAACUUGUACGCUGGCCAUCACACGGCCUCCGGACACGUGCCACCUCAUCUCGGCACCUAUCCGCAUUACGCAUGACCCGCCGCCGAGCACUGGGGUGCUCUCGGCACACCGCGUUGAAAUGUUUCUACUGAAAAAAAAAAAAAAAAAAGUACGGAGCCGCAUCUGCCACCGUCGUCGUCACCACCGCCGUCGGCAGCAUGUGAAAUCGUAAAUUGCGCACCACUCGGCCCCUUAUCCCGCCCCCGCAGGCUCGGAUCGCACAUUAUUUCAGGUACUUGCACGAAUCUGUCCAUAUCGCGUUACAUUGCUUGCAACAUUAUCCUUUCGCAAUGGAUUACGAAGCGAUCGUCGCAUUUCCAACGAUUCAAAUGAAUGCGAGUAGCAGAGUAAAUAGUAUGACAAUAAGUUUUGUAGCGUCUUUUUCUCCCGCAAAGUUGGGGAAGUAUAAUUAAACGUACAAUCAACAUGUUGCCUCCCUUAUAUUCAGUACACUUCGUUUUGAUAGUGCUCAACAACGAUCAUCAAUUGUUUAUUUUAUUUAAUAAGUUAUCUCACACGACUCUGUGGUCAAAAAUAUCAAGUAAUACUUUUGAAAAACAGAGAGAAUAUCAAUAUCAAAUUUCUUAUAAAUUUCUAAUAAAUUUAAUGAUGAAGAAAUUAUUAAAUUGUUGAAAGACAUUUGCAGAAAGGAGAAACAAUAG